UACACCAUAAUGAAAAUGGAUCCAACAACAAAACCUAUCCAUAUCAGAACCUAUGAUGAUUAUUCAGUGGCCCUGCAUAGUCCCUUUCACUGGUUUGCGGACACCGACAAAGUGUACAGUAGUUUGUCAGCUGUGGGUAAUCGGGACUGACACAUUCUUGAGCAAAUCACUGAAUUCCGUUGCAACUCUGAGUACUACUUUACUCCCUUGCACGUCGCGACUGGCAGGCUAUGCUUUCUUCACUUGUAAACAUCGGCUACAUGUAUUCGGGCAUGUAGUUCAUGUGAACGCGAGGCUCCUCCAGCUUCAAGACCCUCCUUCAUUCUCGCACCGCAGCCCAACCGAGCAGACUGAAGAACAAACUCCCUUUCUCUCAAUCCAACGGAUUUGUAUUCUUUAAAUUCGCGUACUGUAGGCGACGAGCGCUCACCAUCCUCUGCUGUACGGGACCGUGGACAAUGUUUCUCUUGCAGUAUAGAGGACUGAAUCCGCUAUCCUUUGACCCGUCCUCCAACAACGAGCCCCUGCAGUUCAGCAACUCCAACGGGCCACUGGUGUCAGACUGUCCUCUGGAAAACGGAGCUGAGAACCGCAAUAAGAGGAAGAGACCCAGCCUACCUCCAGAAGGGAUUCAUAACAUGUCCAUGGACUCCAGCCCAAUGACAAUGCCUAUGUCAGACCCCAACGCCUGGGCCACAGCUAUGAAUAACCUGGGCAUGGCUCCCAUGGGCAUGACAGGACAACCCCUUAUGUCAGAUUUUGACUCAGGCCUUGGCAUGAUGACGGGCAUCGCUCCCAUGAACCCCAUGAUGCCUGGCCUUGGUUACGUACCCCCGCCCCCCCUUCCCCAAGAUCUGCCCAUCGUCAAGGAGAUCAUCCACUGCCAAAGCUGCACCCUCUUCCCCCCCAACCCACACCUUCCCUCUCCGGCCAUGAGGGAGCGCCCUCCAGGUUGUAAAACGGUGUUUGUGGGCGGUCUGCCAGAGAAUGCCACCGAGGCACUCAUCGUGGAGGUGUUUGGCCAGUGUGGUGACAUCAUCGCCAUCCGCAAGAGCAAGAAGAACUUCUGCCACAUCCGAUUCACUGAAGAGUUCACUGUAGACAGAGCCCUCUUCUUGUCUGGCUACCGUAUGCGUCUGGGCUCCAGUACAGACAAAAAGGACACAGGGCGACUCCAUGUGGAUUUUGCCCAAGCCAGAGAUGACCUGUAUGAGUGGGAGUGUCGUCAGCGCAUGUUUGCCAGAGAGGAGAGGCACCGCAGGAGGAUGGAGGAGGACCGUUUCAGACCCCCCUCUCCUCCACUCAUCGUGCAUUACACAGACCACGAGUGUAGUCAGCUGGGAGACAAGAUUAAAGAUGAGGCAGCGUUUGCAGAGGCGGUGCGCGUGCUGCUGACGUGGGUGGAACGCGGCGAGGUGAACCGUCGUAACGCCAACAACUUCUAUUCCAUGAUCCAGUCGUCCAACAGCCACAUCCGCCAGCUGAUGUGUCAAAAGGCCACCCACGAGAAGGAGAUGGAGGAAGCCAAGGACAAGUUCAAGAGCGCUCUAUCUGGCAUCCUGGCACAAUUUGAGCAGAUUGUGUCUGUAUUCCACGCUGCUUCCAAACAAAAGGCAUGGGACCAUUUCUCCAAAGCUCAACGCAAGAACCUGGACGUGUGGCGCAAGCAAGCAGAGGAGAUCAGAAACAUGCAGAAUGAAGAGCUGAUGGGGAUCAGACGAGAGGAGGAAAUGGAGAUGUCUGACGAUGACAUGGAGGAUACACACAACCCUGACGAAUCAGGCCCUGUGUCCCAGGCGGAGGCUCUAAAGGAGGAGAAUGACUCUCUGCGCUGUCAGCUGGAUGCCUACAGAAACGAGGUGGAGCUGCUGAAGCAGGAGCAGGGCAAGAACCAAGAACACACACCUCCACAACACAGUGAAGAGGACGCCUGCAGGCAGCAACAACUAACCUUUCUACAACAGGCACUACAGGGCAUGCAGAAGCAACUGCUGAAGAUGUGUGAAGAAAUGAAACAGCGGGAGGCAGAGAUGGAGAAGACUGUGGAGGACAAACAUCAGCUGGAGAGUGAAGUAAAGAGCCUCAAGGAAGGACUGCAGAGCCUGAAAGCACUGACAACAAACACACCGCAGGAGGCUUCAGCGUUAGAAGUGGUGUCCUGCAGUCAGGAGAAGGAGAGUCUGCCCCCGGAGAAGAGUCCCUCCAAUCCUGUUCACUCUGAGAGAGAAGCCUUGCUAGUUGGGAUCAUCUCUGCAUUCCUCCAUGUCCAUCCGUUUGGAGCCAGCAUCGAGUACAUCUGCUCCUACCUACAGCAGCUGAACACCAAGAUAAAUACAGGGGAGGUGGAUGCUCUACUGGGUCGGCUGCCCUGUACCUUCAGACAGGAGUUGACGGGAGUAGGCGCCAGCCUGGAGAAACGCUGGAAGUUCUGUGGCUUCGAAGGCAUCAUGAUCACAUAGAGCAUUACGGGGACACGGGGGAGGACAUCACAGGGACACAGAAGAAACAGCAUUGAGCUCAGGCUGAAUUAUUAGGACACUGUAUUAUGGAGACCGGUACUGGUCCCUGAGACGUUGCUCACCGGUCCCUGCGAUGGUUAACUGGCCUUGGUUUAGUCCGUUCUUAAGAGCUAGUUAUAAUGUAAACAGUUUGCUGGUCCCAGGUAUAAAUAAGGUUGAGAAACACUGGCAUAGAGCCCUGGCUGUAUUAUUAGGACACAGAAGUAAAAUCAUAGAGCUCAGGCUGCAGAGCAGGCUGUGACACUGAGGAAACAGCCUCUCUGUAUGGAUGACAGAGAGGGUGACUCGUCUCCAGGGUGAUGGAGAUCUCUAUAACACCACCAAAUCCACGAUGCUCUUCUCUGUGCCCAAUUUUGCAAAGCCUCAUGGGAUAGAACACCACAUUGGGAGUCCCAAAGGAGUAUCAGUCCGAAGGCGCCAGGGCAUUGGCUGUUUGUCCUUCACAUGGGCGGACCAGACCAGUCCCAGAGCCUCUAAUUGGUUAACUCUGCUGUCACUCAGCUAGGAAUGCUACCAAAGGGGGUUAUCAGGAUCUGCUGAACAUUUUCCACCUCCCACCCCUCUGGCCUCUCUCGCUCUCUCUUUUUUUGUUUUUAUAAUUCUAUGAAUAAAAA